AUGGCUCCCAGUUUAGUAGAGACCGAGACUCAAACAUCGGAAGUUCCCUUUCGAACCAUCAAAGCUCACAAGCCUCUCCAAUUGAGUGGCGUCCUCAAUCAAUUCGAAUCCUUCGACGUUACUCCCGUCAUUGGGAGGGAGUUUCCCAAAGCAAACGUAGUAGAUUGGCUAAAUGCACCAAACUCCGAUGAAUUGAUCAGAGACCUCGCUAUUACUAUUUCCGAGCGUGGUGUUGUAUUUUUCCGAGCACAAGAUAAUCUCACCAACGACAUACAAAAGGACUUGAUCAGGCGACUUGGUCAGCUCACGACGAGACCAGAGACAUCCGACCUUCACAUCCACCCAAUCCUCAACUCGGAGCGCGAUCUCGGCGGCGAGGAUCCACAGAUCAGCACUAUUAGCUCAGUCCAGAACAAGAAACUCUACAAAGGUUCGCCAUAUGAUAACCGAUACAAGAAUCAAAGCUCUGCCCAGUGGCAUGCCGAUAUCUCCUUCGAGCCCGUCCCUGCAGACUAUACCAGCUUGAGACUUACCGAGCUACCACGAACCGGUGGCGAUACUCUAUGGGCGUCGGGUUAUGAGUUAUAUGACCGCAUCAGUACACCAUAUCAGAGAUUUCUCGAUGGUCUCGACGCCACAUUUUCGCAGCCUGCAUUCAAGGAAGUCGCUGAGCGAGGUGGCUUUCAGCUUUACGACAAGCCGCGUGGGGCACCAGAGAACGUCGGCUCCGACCUCACAGCAGUUCAUCCGGUUGUUCGCACGAACCCCGUCACUGGCUGGAAAUCUGUCUUCCCCGUUGGUGGCCACGUGCGUAGUAUCAAUGGCCUGGCGAAACAGGAAAGCGAAGACUUGUUGAAAUGGUUUCUACGCCUUGUACAAGAAAACCACGAUCUUCAGGUUCGUUUCCGGUGGAAUAACAAGAAUGAUCUUGCCAUAUGGGAUAACAGAAGUGUAUUUCAUUCCGCUACAUUCGAUUAUGAUGGCCAUGGCGAUAGAUUUGGUAACCGUGUUGUUGGUUUGGGAGAGCGACCUUUCCAUGACCCUGGGAGUAAGUCAAGGCGCGAGGCUUUGGGUCAAUUGGAUGUUGUUUGAUCAUCGUUU